AUGUAGUAAUAGCAAAAUAGCAAUGAAAAGGAAUCUUUAAAUUAGCCAUUGAUAAAUCCUAAGGGUUCAAUAGGUUCUAAAUAUGAAAAUCCUCCUUUAAAGACUAUUUGUGGUUUCGAUGCGAAUUUAAUUGCCCUUUCUUCAAUGAACUUUUUUUAGAAUGCCGCUGUAUCUAUUAUUGUACCCUUCUUUCCACCAAUAGCUGAAAGCAUAGGUGUAUCUUCAACAAUGAUAGGUUUAAUCCUCGCUUUUAAUCCUAUAGGUAGUUUUUUAACUUCUUUAAUAGUGGGUUAGAUGAUGGGAAGACUAGGCAAAAAGAAUCUAAUGAUUUGGGGUUUAAUAUUUUAAUCACUAUCUAUUGCUUCGUUUGGUGCUCUAAGUAACUUAAAAAAUGAUAUUGCCUUUAUCAUUCUAUCUGCUUUUUCCAGGUUUAUUUAAGGAGCAGCUAGAUCUGCAUACGGAUCUUCGUCUUUUGGAUAUGUUCCUUAGCUCUGGCCAGAUUCGGUUUAGAAAAAGAUAAGUAUUAUGGAAACACUAACGGCACUUGGGACGAUUUUAGGACCGAUACUGGGUUAAGUAAUGUAUACUGGUCUAGGUAGCUAGAUGCCAUUUUAUAUUUUAAGCUUUCUCUUUCUCUGUUGCUUAUUCACUAUUAGAUGGCUUCCUCCAGAUAUGAAAUCUAAGAAAGAUCUUGAUAGGGUGUCAUCUUUGAAAUGCCUAGCUAACAGAUAUAUAUUUUUUACAUUUAUGACAUUGGUUGCAGGUUUAACUAACUAGUCUUACAUAAAUACAUUAUAUACAUAACAUAUGAAAGCCUUAGGUUUAAGUGAUGAUGUUUCUGGUUACGUUUAUCCUAUUGGUUCUAUUCUUUACAUUGGAUGCUUACAUGUUAUGCCAAGAGUCUCAAAAUAUAUUAAGAGAAAAUUAAUUUUAUCAGCAGGAGUUUUAAUGUGUGUAAUAGGUGUCGAAGUCAUUGCUCCUGAAAAAUAUUUAGGAUUGCCUUCUGGAGAAGGUCACUGGUAUAUUGUAACUAUCGGUCAGUGCUUAACUAACAUAGGUUUUGCGAUGGUAGUUUUACCCAUAAUCCCAGAAUUGAUUGAAUUAAUUUUAGAAAAAGAACUAAAAGAAAGAAAGAUUUAAGAGGCUGAUCCCAAGUUAACAAGAGCUUGUAGUGACAUGAGUUCAGGUAUUUUUAUGGCAGGUUAUUCCUUAGGAUUGUUCAUAGGACCCUUUACAUCUGGAAUUCUAUAUGAUGUAUUUGAUGGUAGUGAUAUAGAAAAGUUUAUGAACACCUCCAGAGUUAUCGCUGCAUUUGGAGUAGUUGUGUUAUUCCUUUAUUUUACUAUAGGUGGAGCACACAGAGGUCUUAAAAAGCUAAGAAAAUUAUCUAAAACUUCAUCAAGAAAACUAUAAGUUGGUAAAGAUGAUGAAGUUAUUUUAUAUUAAAAUAAAAAACAUAAAAACCAUCUAUAAAACUCAACAAAUUCAUAAAAUAAUAACUAAAGUGAAGUAAUAACAUCAUUAGAAGUAAAUAAAGAUCUACUAAACUGUUAAUAAAUUAAUGAAAAAAACCAACUUGAUAACCAUAAUAAUCAAACAUAAAAACUAUGUGACAAUAAUUAUGAGUAAUCAGAUAUACUUUUGUCUAAUUCAGAUGACUAUGAUCUAGAAUAAUAAAAUAAAGAUGAAAUUUACUCUCUUGGUAGAAAUACUGUUACUGAAGAAGUAGAUGGCAUUAAUUUUUACAUUAAAUAAGAUAAUAAAAAUCAAAGUGAAUCUUGA